UUUUUCGAUGGACUACGAGGUGAAGCAGCCUAUAACCUUCAGGACUACGAUGAUAUAAUUGAUAAACCCACCCCUUUUCCGGGCACGUACCUACACUUAUACGGCAAGAUGCAGCUGCCCGUGGCCCUCCAUUCAACUGUGGGGCUUAACUGACAUGUCAAUUAUUUUAUUAUUUUAUUCAUCCAGUGAGUCCGGUGAACGGUCCUGUACCUGUCUACGACUGUGAUGACUGGCUAUGGGAGUCCUGCAGUGUCACCACAAGAUGCACCCAAUAUAUAUCGACGACAUUCCAGUAACCUACACAAUUGGCGGUGAUCCCGAGUCUCUGGCAUUGUCACUAUGCGACAUCAUGGCUGAACAGAGGAUGAAUCCAGCGGCUUUUAGCUUUGCGCCGACUAGGGGACAACAUGGAUAUGGCGGGGAAUUUUUGCUGAAGCCCAACGACUCCCGAUCUCGAGUAAAGUGCCGAUUUUUCGAACGCGGCUUAUGUCGGAAUGGUAAUGCUUGCCCAUACCUUCACGAGAAUGAUCCUGCGUCUAAGACUCUAAUCCCAAGCGAACCCAAUCUCGCCAAGUCUCCCAUGCAAGAGAAUGCUACUCGUACCAUAAAUGGCGCUUUGGUUCAUUUCGAAGCCGGUGCAGCUGUCAAAUCAAUUACUUUAUCAUCUGAUUCCCUAACUAUCCAAAUCAAUCAUCUACCCCCUAAUAGUACGCGGGAUUCUGUGUUAGCUCUUCUUCAUUCUCAUGGCCUUCGCACAUCGGCCGAGCUCGAGGUUCGGGUUACUAACGCACAAGGCCUUUGGAGCGCUCAUGUGAAAGUUAACGACCCUGAAUUUGUCAAGCUAGUUGGCCAAAAGCUUGGCCCCCAGAACCAAACGCAAGGAUCACGGCCAACAGCUACUGUAGUGGAGACACCUAUAUCGUCAGAUUCGAAUACUCUUCGCGUGGAUUGCAGAAAAGUACACCUCUCCUGGCAUAAACCCACCAGAACAGUUUGGCUAAAUUUUGGAAAUCGUGAGAUUUCUGAACGUGUGGCAAAACGAUUUAAAGAUGGUACAUAUACAUUAUUGAAACAAAAGGUACAAUGUGGCUCUCCAAGUGGGAGAGAAGGGCGUUUUAACCCACUUCCUUGGACUGUAUGUUUGACAGAAGUGCCGGCAUCCGUCGCAGAAUCCGAUAUCUCACAGUCGAUAUAUAAACAAGCAGAUAAACCACGUCACAUAGAGCUCGGAAAACCCUCGUAUACUGCUGACACUGAGACGUGUUCUGCCACGAUUCAGUCACUUUUUACCUCGGUCGGCCCCGUUGAAUGGUCGGAGUUUACCCUUGAUACCACUGGUAAACGUGCGAAAGCAAGCGCACGAUUUCACAAUGAGGAAGACGCUAGGACGGCAGCUCGAACCCUCAAUUACUCAGCACUUCCCUUCCACAAGGCCGCUAAGCUUACCGUCCAGUUGGUUUAUACGGCGAAGUUCAAGGUCCACGCAAACAUUUGCGAAGCCGUCCAACCUCAGAUCAAGGCUAGAAUUAGGGCCUGGAAGGAUUCGCACUUAUAUUUCACUCUAUACGAGAAUUCCAUCCCGCCGAAGUGGUAUCGCGUUAUGAAGGUAGAGGGAGAGGACGUUAAGGGAGUCGUGGGUGCGAAGGAUGAUAUCUCGAGAAUUUUAUCCGGCAUAGUCGCCAGGGAUGGAUCUACCGUACUUUGGCAUCCGGCCUUGCGUGGAAAUGGGAUCCUCUUGGAGCGACUAAAGCAGCUAGAACAACAGCUCGGAAUACUCAUCAUUCGGAGUAAGGCCAAAUCACAACUUCGACUAUACGGAACCCAGAAAAAAUGCGAGGAGGGCCAAGCCGCAAUUGCCAACCUCCUCAAGGAUGAGGGUUCCGAGACGUUCAGCAUUGAUCUCGGCGCUGAUGAAUUGUCUUGGGCGCUCCGGGGCGGAUUCGCGAGGAUCAAAAACGGGGUUGGUUCUAAUAAGGCCAAUCUUGAGAUCGCGCCGACUUAUAAACGCAUUCUUAUCAUUGGCAGUCUCGUAGACUAUGAGAUGGCAUUAUCUAUAAUGAAAGACAGAAACGCACCGCGGAAAGAAUCGAUUAAGAGCUCGGAAAAGCAGGAUUGUUCGUUCUGCUACAUUGAAGCGGAGGAUCCGAUUGAGACGCAUUGUAGUCACGUCUAUUGUCUGGACUGCUUCGAAAACUACUGCGUGUCAGCUAUCGCACAGAACGAGACCACCAGACUUGAAUGCAUUGGAGAAUCCGGAAUCUGUGGCGAAGCGCUCCGUCUCUCGGAAAUACAGGAGCAUCUUCCAUCGGCGGCGUUUGAAGAGCUACUAGAGCAAUCCCUCGCUUCUUACAUCCGAACUCAUCCGCAGUCAUUUAAGCAAUGCCCAUCGGUUGAUUGCGGAUAUAUCUAUCGCACCGGCCCAACCCCCAGAAUGCAUACCUGUCCUAACUGCCUUACACCUGUCUGUAUCGCAUGCCAUGCUCAGCACGGAGAAAUGACUUGCGCGGAAUAUAAAGACGUGUCUAGCGGCGGAUACGAAGCUCUGAAUCGAUACAAGAAGGAACAGAACAUUAAAGAUUGCCCCAAGUGUUCUACGCCUCUCGACAAGAUCGCCGGAUGCAAUCAUAUGGUUUGUCACUGCGGUGCGCAUAUUUGCUGGGCGUGCUUAGAGACUUUUAAGGUCUCUGAUGAUUGCUAUGACCACAUGAACAAGGUGCAUAGGGAUAUCGGGUUGAACUAUCUUCGGGAUAGGUUUGGGGACUUAAGAUUCCGAUGAUGUGAGCCUCACGAGUUUUCCGGUGUUGAAGUUGGCUCACAUAAGGAUUACCCCCUAACUUCACGGCGCUUUGAUUAUUUCCUUGACGACGGAUACUUAUGCUUUACCCAUAAAAAUACUCGAUCUGAAUUAUUUAAAAGCAAGUUCUUAUUAAGUGUCAGUUGAUAUUCCUACUUCCUUGAGGUACGCGAUAAGGUUAUUGCGCAAAACUUGAGAUUUCGAGUAGUACAUAUGUAGUUAUGUGUGUAGCCGAGAUACUUACCCAACAGGCGAGAACCGAUCACAAAACAUAUUUAAAUAGAACUCUCUUAGUCGCGAGAGCUAUUAUUACUUGGAUAUAUCAUCGAGUUUAGAAGGGAAGUUACAUUGAAGAGGUUCUUAUACAUGAGCAAAAUGAAUUAAGUUAUGCAUACAUAAUUCCCGUGAUGAGAUCCAC